ACCGGCUGAUCUGCGCUUUGGGCUGAACACACUCGAGCGGCUGCAUUUAAAAGGAGACACGUUCGUAUUUCACAUUCAGACAAACAAUUACAAAAAAAUAUUAGUAAUUGGCUUUUGGGAAGAAUUUUCCGGGCAGAAGAAGAAGCGGGAGGAUGAGCUCUGCGUGCCUGGUCGUCAAGCAGCCGUCCUUCGGUGAGGCGCCGUGGUCGCGCCCGCUGACAGUGAGCGGCAGCCCGGACACAAACGGCAGCCAGCGCUUGCUGUGGAGGCCGUGGUUAUCCAGCAGCAGGGAUGAACCGGGGCGAUGUACACAGACCAAGCUGUCUUAUCCUUCCUCCAGACCUACGAUACCAGGCUGCUUCUCUUCAGAUGGAAAGCCUCAGGUCUUCCAGCAUCCUGUCAGGCUGUUUUGGCCCAAAUCUAAGUCCUUUGACUAUCUGUACAGUGAUGGAGAGGCCCUACUCAGGAACUUCCCCAUCCAGGCCACCAUCAGCUUCUACGACGAGUCUGACAGCGAUGAUGAUGAAGAUGAUGAAGAUGGUGACGAGGAGGAGGACUGGGAGGAAGACUGCGAGUCCAACCUCAAACAGCAGUCUGAUUCCACCUCUUACAACUGAAAUACAGCAAACCUUUUUGAACAAUCUCCAUGGAGACAGCUGUCUGGUCCUUUACGGCAAUGACUGUUUACCAUUUAUUAGGCUUUGAAGCACAUUUUAUACACAUUUUUAUUGGUUUUAAACUCUAUUUUAAAGGGUGCCUGAGACAGAAUGUGUGACAUGCAGCAAACAAACCAACUCUGUGGAAAUGUGAGGACAAAUGAGACUAAUGUGCUUUAUUUCUGUUACAAAAUCAGAAUGAUGGUAUUUGCAGUUUAUUUUUUGUUGUUGCUGUUUUGUUUGUUUUUAGCACCGCUUUGUAAGGUGUGCUCGCCUCCUUGUAGUUUUGUCACAGUGCUCAAACCUCAGGGUGCAGUGAGGGAUUUACAAACCUCAGUAACAGGAGCGAAUUUAAGUUCCGAGUAGGCUCGAAUGUGAAUGAAGUAAUGCCUGGAGAUAUUCUGAAUUAUGUCCAUUUUCAUUCAGAUCAAGGUUUCACUUCCUUUCAGUGUGUACAGUAGCAGACAUCCACAAAGCCUCUUGUGUUCUCCCAUAUUGGGACAUCUGUCAUGUUUACAGUCAUUCUCAGGGUCUGAUCCUCUCCACUGUACAUAGAAUGUGAGCUAACUUAUAUUUGUAGAUAAUUUGUACAUAAACACAUAUUUAUGUUGCUUUUUAUACAUUUGUGCAUCAGUGUCACCAUCUGCUGUCUUAACACUGUCCAAACUGUGGUUGUUAAAAAAAAUAAAUAAAACUGUCUAUUUUAGGAAUGGA